AUGGUACACAUAUCACUCCCUAGAGGCCUCAGCCAACUUGGAGGAAAACACAAGGACAAAGAUCAAGCCGCUGGUGGUUCUGCCCCCAAUGGAAGUGGUAGCAGACGGCCCAGCCCUCCGGAACUUGGGAGUAACAACAACAGCACUGUUGCCCUGGUCGAUCAAAAACCACUAAUCCUCAAAGUUUAUGUUAUCAAGGCGAGAAACCUGGCACCGAAAGACAGAUCUGGCACCUCCGACCCUUAUCUUGUGGUCACCCUCGGCAAUGCAAAGCAGUCUACACCCUCAAUCGCAAAGACUCUCAAUCCGGAAUGGAAGAUAUGCUUCGAUAUGCCAUUAACGGGCGUGCCCCUACUUGAAUGCAUGUGCUGGGACAAAGACCGAUUUGGCAAAGAUUACAUGGGCGAGUUUGAUAUACCGAUUGAAGAUAUCUUCCCCAACGGGCAGAUACAAACCCAGCCCAAAUGGUACAGGUUGAAUUCGCGGAGACCAGCAAGCAAGAAACAGAGCAACGUGUCCGGAGAAGUGUAUAUGCAAUUUUCUCUUGUCGAUUCUGCGAACCCAUCUGCUAGUCCGGAUGAGAUUCGGAAAAAAUUUCAAGCCUACCUGGGUGCUGAGGAAGAAGACGAUGAGUUGUCCCGGAUCUCCUCCCAAGCUGAUGAACUAGGCGGAGACGAAGACUUUGACGAUCUUGACGAGGAUCAGGAGGAAUCCGUUACCGAGACCGAAUCUCCGCCCAAACCAGAAAGUGCUGACAAGAAAGCGAAGAAGAAAAGACUCGCACGCCUUCGUCGCCGAUCGAUUGCGGCAAGAGCUUACAACUUCCUGUCAGAAGACACCGAUGUCAAUGGCGUUAUUUUCCUGGAGAUUGUCAAGAUCAUCGAUCUACCACCUGAACGCAACAUGACCCGAACCUCUUUCGAUAUGGACCCCUUCGUGGUUACUGCAUUGGGCCGCAAGAUCCUGCGAACCAAGGUGGUUCGGCACAACCUGAACCCAGUAUAUAAUGAGAAGAUGGUCUUUCAGAUCAAGCGCAAUGAGGUUGGCUACUCCUUCACAUUCAGUGUGAUCGAUCGAGACAGCUUGUCAGGCAACGACUUCGUGGCGUCGACAUCAUUUCCCCUCCAGAAAAUGAUCCAAGCCGCUCCACAAGAGGAUCCAGAGACUGGUCUUUAUGACCUUCCUGAGCCACCAGAAUAUUCACCUGCCAUGCAGCAAAAGGGUAGAUUCCGUAUACCCUUGUCGCGCACGACGUCAGCCAAUAGUCUAUCAAAGUUGUCGAGACCCGGUUUGAAAAAGGACGACUCUCAAAUAUCCCUGUCCAGCACCAGUAAUAGCACGAGUGGUGACGAUGUCAGUCGGCCCCCGCCGCCUACCAGCAUGCCAUCUGACGGCAAUGGAAAUAAUCUGAAGGUACCCUCUGUCACUGAACCUCCGCCAGUUCAACCGGUGGAGGACCCGACCAUGAUACCAUACGUGAUUCCACUGGAACUGAAAAACAAGGAACGAUGGGAAGACAAGCAUAGUCCCGAGCUCCACAUCCGAGGAAGAUAUCUGCCUUAUAAAGCGCUGAGGCAACAGUUCUGGAGAGCUAUGCUGAAGCAAUAUGACGCGGACGAAAGUAAGCGAAUCAGUAAGAUCGAAUUUACCACCAUGCUUGACACGCUAGGGUCGACCCUGAAAGAAUCAACCAUUGAUGGCUUCUUCAAGAGAUUCGCUGCCGAAAAUGAAGAUGUUGGAGAAGUGGAUUUGACCUUCGACCAGGCAGUGAUGUGUCUGGAGGAACAGUUACAAAAGAGUGGUCAAAAGAAGUCGCAACUCGAGAAGAUCAAGAGCGCCGAAAUAUUUUCAACAAACAAAGACGUCAUCCCAUCCAAAGUUAGCAACAACGAUGAAGUACCAACCAUUACACAAGAAGCCACUGGUGCUGCAGGUGAGGAGGGAAAGUUACUCGGGAACGAUCUUGCGGACGAAGGGGAUGAAGAGCACGUCAUUGAGAUCCGGGAGUGUCCAAUAUGUCACCAGCCGAAACUGAACAAGCGCACCGAAGCCGACAUCAUAACGCACAUUGCCACUUGUGCCAGCUCUGACUGGAGACAGGUCAAUAACUUGGUGAUGGGCGGGUUUGUGACCCAAAGCCAAGCCCAGCGGAAGUGGUACUCCAAGGUCAUCACCAAGAUCAGCUAUGGAGGCUACAAGCUGGGCGCUAAUAGCGCGAAUAUCCUUGUUCAAGACCGGAUCACGGGACAGAUCAACGAAGAACGAAUGUCUGUAUAUGUUCGUAUUGGCAUCCGUUUGCUCUAUAAAGGACUGGGCGCUGGCGAAAUGGAGAAGAAGCGAAUCAAAAAGAUGCUACGCUCGUUGUCAAUCAAACAGGGCAAGAAGUUUGAUGACCCUGCCUCGGUGGCUCAGAUUCCUGGAUUCAUUGCCUUCCAUCAGCUUGACAUGUCUGAAGUGCUGCUGCCAACAUCCGAGUUCAAGAAUUUCAAUGAAUUCUUCUAUCGAGCAUUGAAACCCAAUGCCCGCCCUUGCAGUGCACCGGACCGACCGGAAAUCAUCGUCUCCCCAGCAGAUUGUCGUUCUGUUGUGUUCAAUACAAUCGAUGACGCGACACGAAUCUGGGUCAAAGGCCGAGAUUAUUCGCUCGAGAAAUUAUUUGGCGAGGCAUAUCCACUAGAAGCCAAACGAUACAAAGGUGGAAGUAUGGGCAUCUUCAGACUUGCUCCCCAAGAUUACCAUCGUUUCCACAUUCCGGUUGAUGGGACCUUGGGAACCCCCAAGGCCAUUGAAGGCGAGUACUAUACAGUCAACCCCAUGGCAAUUCGAUCAGCAUUGGAUGUCUAUGGUGAGAACGUCAGGGUUUUGGUACCCAUCGACUCUAUUGCGCAUGGCAGAGUCAUGUAUGUCUGCAUCGGCGCCAUGAUGGUUGGUUCAACUGUUAUUACUCGGAAACCAGGAGAUCGGGUCAAGCGAGCUGAAGAGCUUGGAUAUUUCAAGUUUGGCGGCAGCACCAUACUUUUGUUUUUCGAACCAGGGAAAAUGGUAUACGACGGAGAUCUGGUCGAAAACAGUCUUGGGGCUCUGGAAACAUUGUUGCGUGCGGGUAUGUCCAUUGGACACACGCCGGACGUCGAGCCACACAAGCCGGACAUGAAGAAGGAUGAGAGCAGCAUUACCAUGGAAGACAGGCAGGAAGCCAGGCGGCGAAUUGAGGGCAGCAUUGCUCCCGAUAUGGGUAACUAUGGUAUAAUCCCUCCAGACACAGAGUCCGGCGAUGUGAUGGGCUCACUACAUCCGGCCAACAUCGCAUAA